AAUCUUUAUCAUUAUACAUUCGCACUUAUUUAGGUAUAAAAAUGAAAAAUCUACUCAUCAUUCUAACUAUUAUAUGUUUGUUGCCAGACUACUUUUGUGAUAUUAUUGUACGAACUUCUAGUGGAAAUAUACGGGGAAAGAAAAUAAAUGUUUUGAACAACGAUAUAUAUGCUUUUUUUGGAGUUCCUUAUGCCCUUCCUCCAAUUGGUGAGCUCAGAUUUCAAAACCCUCGACCAUUCUCUGCAUGGAACGGAAUUUUAAAUGCGACUACAAUGUCACCUAUUUGUAUACAAGAUCCAAACUUUCCUAUAUUCGAAUGGGUGCCAGACAAACGCAGAUAUAUGAGUGAAGACUGUCUUUACUUAAAUGUCUUGGUUCCUGUUCACAAAACAGAAGACAAGCCAUUUUCUACAAUGGUUUGGAUCCACGGAGGUGGAUUCGUUACAGGAAGUGCCAAUAUGGAUGCUCAUUAUGGACGAUUUCUUUCUUCCAUCGGAAAUGUAAUUGUCAUUAGCUUAAAUUAUCGAUUGGGUAUAUUUGGAUUUUUCAAUUUAGGCAACGCUCAAACAACAGGAAAUAUGGGAAUGUUGGAUCAAGUUACCGCUUUGAGAUGGAUUCAUGAAAAUGUAGAAAACUUCGGUGGUGACAGAAAUAAAAUUACUCUUUUCGGGUCCAGCGCUGGAUCUAUAUCUGUAACGCAUCAUAUGAUAUCACCCUUAACAAAGGGCUUAUUUAAAAGAGUUAUACUUCAAAGUGGAAGCAACUACAGCCCAAUGCUUUCCGCUGAUCCAAUUAAUAAUAUUAGAUUAAGUGAAAUGAUAGUGAAACGCACAGGGUGUGGAUCUGACAACGGAUCAAGCACUCAAAGAAGCGAGAACGAAGUGAUGAACUGUUUACUUAAAUUAAAAGCUGAAAAAAUAGCAGCUGCGGAAAGAUCUUUUAUUGAUGAUAAGCAAAUUACUAUAACUUUUGUACCAGAAAGAGAUGGCUAUUUUCUACCCAAUGAUCCCAUUGGUAAUAUAGAAAAGGGUUUAAUACACGAUGUUGAAGUCUUGAUUGGAAGGGUACCUGACGAAGGUUCGACACUUCUAGCAUACUAUAAACCAGAAGUUCUCAAUCAAGAACAUCCAGUGAUGACUAAAUCAGAAGCUAAGCACAGUUUGAGCAAAUAUUAUAAAAUUGAUGGUUCCAGUCUUCAAUGUGUUGUUGAAGAAUAUUUAGGAAAUUUGUCAGAUGGUGAUUAUUGGGGUAUAUUUCAACGUGCGCAAGAAGCGAUUGGAGACGGUGUAUUAACCUGUCCAAUAAUAGGUUUAACAGAAAAACUGUCUGAGCAUCAUCGCGUCGUGUAUAGUUAUAUUUUCAAUCACGCUCGAAUAAAUGCUGGCUACAAAAAAUGGGAGAGAGUUUGUCACUUUGCAGAAGUAUACUUUGUCUUCGGUAUGCCAUUCAUGUAUCCGGAAAGUUACACUCCGGAAGAAGAAGAAUUUAGUUAUCAAGUCAUCAAGCUUUGGUCUUCUUUUGCUAAAAAUGGGAUACCUUUUUAUACAGGGAUGAAUGAGAAAUGGUUACCAUUCGAUAUAGUCCAUAGAACUAUAAUGAAUCUGACGCUAGGAAACAUCCAUUUGCAAAGAGAUGAAGUAAAGGAAGAAUGCCUUAUAUGGAUGAAAGUAUUUUGAAUUGUUUUAAACAAAGCCACAAUUGACUAUAGA